GUGUGGAGGGACUGUUACUCAGCUGUGCAGCGCUGACAAUGACAGGAGAUCUCUCGUGGAGUACAGACAGUUCAUAACACCUGUAGAAGAACCGAACAGUCUUGCAGCCAUGACAUGCAUCCACCCUCAGCAUGGAUCUCAGCCCUAUGAGAACAGCCUCGGCAGCUCAGAGCCUCAAAGCACAGACUUUAUCUCCAAACUGGCUGUCAAUAUGAGCAACCCACAGGACCACCUCUCCGCUCCGCCCCUGCCAAGCAUCAGCUCUCUGGUGGACUCUCACGUGGGCGACUUUGAUGCGUAUUCGUGCCAGUUUACUGCAGCUCCUGCCCACGUCACUACGUCUUUAAGCCAGGAGACCCCCUUCAAGUUGGAUGACCUCCAAGUUUACGGUUGCUACCCUGGAGCGUUCGCUCUGAGUUACCCUGACGAGGCUGGGUCUCCUGCCGGGUCAGAUUACUUUGGCAGCCCAGCGUCCGCCUCAUCUCCUUCAACCCCUGGGUUCCAGAGCCAGCACACAUCAACCUGGGACUCAGCAUUCGGGCCGUACUCACCCAGUCCAGGAUACUGGGCGACGGAGGAGACCUCAGCUCCACAUGCUCCCUCUUUCUUCACUUUCAGCUCUGGCUCAAUGGAGGAUAUGUCUCAUUUGAGCCAACCACAGGAUCCCUUUACUUUGGCCCAUCCUCACUCAUCUGCACUGACCUUCCCUGCCUUAGUGAUGGAGCAGACACGAAACCUUGAGAGGACUGAUCACAUGGAUGGGAGUUUAUCACCAAAGUUAAAGAGUCCAAGUGGGAAUGAGGGCUGCUGCGCUGUGUGUGGGGACAACGCCUCCUGUCAGCACUAUGGAGUUCGAACCUGUGAGGGAUGCAAGGGGUUUUUCAAGCGCACAGUACAAAAGAAUUCCAAGUAUGUUUGCCUUGCAAACAAGGACUGUCCUGUAGACAAGAGGAGGCGCAAUCGAUGCCAGUUCUGCCGUUUCCAGAAGUGUCUCGCUGUUGGCAUGGUGAGGGAAGUUGUGAGAACAGAUAGCCUCAAAGGACGAAGAGGACGCCUGCCAUCUAAGCCUAAAGUCGUCCAGGAGGUGACAACAACUGUGUCUCCUGUGAGCAUGAUCGCUUCACUUGUGAGGGCUCACAUUGACUCAAACCCAGGUGUUGGGAAAGUGGAUUACUCAAAGUUCGAAGAGAGGGAAGUCCAUCCAAAUCAGAAGGAGGAUGCAAGUGAUAUCAAGCAGUUUUACGACUUACUUACAGCCUCCAUGGAGGUCAUCAGGAAGUGGACAAAGAACAUCCCAGACUUCUCCAAGUUCUGCCCAGAAGACCAGGAACUUCUGUUUGAAUCUGCUUUUGUAGAACUCUUCAUCCUGCGUCUUGCAUAUCGUUCUAACCCUGAACUGGACAAGCUUAUCUUCUGCAAUGGAGCCGUGCUUCACAAGACACAAUGUGUCAGAGGUUUCGGGGAUUGGAUUGACUCGAUCUUGGAGUUUUCUCAAAGCCUUCAUCGCAUGAAGCUGGAUGUUUCCUCCUUCUCCUGCCUAACAGCCCUGGUCAUAAUCACCGAUCGUCAUGGUCUCAAGGAGCCAGGACGUGUGGAGGAACUGCAGAACCAGCUCAUCACCUGCCUAAAAGAUCACGUCUCCGGCUGCAGCUCUGAAUCUGUGCGGCCAAAUUAUUUGUCCAGACUUCUCGGAAAGCUGCCCGAGCUCAGGACUCUGUGCACUCAAGGCCUCCAGCGCAUCUUUUACCUGAAAUUGGAAGAUCUAGUUCCUCCACCGCCGAUUGUGGACAAAAUCUUCAUGGAUGCGCUUCCGUUUUGAGUGUGAGCUACAAAAUCUUUGACAUAAACCUGGAAUUCCCUGGCAGCCAAAGACAACAGACAAUUUAAUGAAACUGCAAGUAGACGAGCAAUCCUAAAGGAUAAUACAUCUGGAGUUAAAGGGCUUCUUCUGAAUUAUGAGGUGAUAAACUUGAAGCAACAAGAGAGGAGAGUGGAGCCAUCACAAAAUCCUCUUCUUGAUUUGUGUUUCUAGGAUAUUGCACGCUCGGCAGAGGGAGUUUUAAUUGGCCAGUUCAUGGACCAAAAGAUGACUGUUUACAUACAAUAAGCAAUGAAUGGAAACAUCGCAGAAGAAGGGAAGAUGAUUGCACUUUUAAACAUACAGUUUGAAUACAAAACAUGACACAUGCACCAUCAUUUCAAAAAUGCAAUGGGUAGAAGGUUUUUUUUUUUGUUAGAAUGUUUUUUUGUGAUUUGUAAGACUGGAAAUUGCACAAAAAUUCUGACAAAGCAUUAUGUGUUUGUAUAGGAAACAAUUUAUUUCACAGAACCACUUUACACCCCCCCAGAGCAUCAGUUCGCUUUGGCUGAAUGCCACCACAUGUGCUUGGUGAUUAAACGGGUAGGUCAAACCUACAGAAUAUUUCAAAAUAUUGUUCAUGUAUCAUGAAAUGACAAUGAGCAGCUAAUAUACUGUGUAUCUCCCAGUACAGUCUUACACACUGGCAUUGUAUGUAAAUUGUUUUAAAUCUCUUGGUGUUUGGGACUGUACUCUAGAUGAGGGAAAAUAUAAUUUUAUUGUUGGCUUGUUAUUUUUACAUACCAAGAAGUUCUAUUUUACUGCAGUUUAACAAAUAAAAUUUUGAACUGUGAAAAAAGGCAGACUUUGUAAUUUUUACUCAACUAGAAUGGACAUAUUGAUUGAAGUUUAAAGGCAACCAGAGAGUACAGACCUUCUUCAAGGCCUUGUUUGCUAGCUGAAUGCAAAUCUACUUGAAAAUUUAAUGUACUUUUUCUUUGACCAUGCAAGAUUUUUUGUAAUCUCACAAAAACACACUUAUAAUCCUGAAAACUUUACCUUUUUUUCAAAAGCUGACAAUGCAGUUCAACUUUAACAACCCCAAUUCCAAAAAAGUAGGGACUUUUUGUAAAAUGUGAGUAAAAACAGAGUAUAUUAAUAGGCAAAUAAUUUUCAACCUAUAUGCAGAAAGAAGAUAAUCAGACUGAUAAACUAUAGUGUAUUAGUGGAACUAUACACACAUUCUGAAUUUGAUUCCUACAAUACAUUCCCAAAAAAGUUGGAACAGGAGUGUGUUAACACCGUUUCAUCACAUUUUCUUCCAACAACACUGUAAGCAUCACAGGGCUGAAGAC